AUGACGACGCCGGCCGUGAAAAUGGUCGUGGCGUAUGUGACGGCUCCGAGUCGUGAUGUGGCAAUGCUCUUGGCCCGGUAUCUAUCGAUUUUUCAGAGAGAAUUUUUAAAAAAAACUUUUUUUUUUGCAGAACGACAGUAUCAGAAUCGCUGGCGGCGUGUGCAAAUGUGAUUCCGGGAGUCACGUCUGUGUAGGUGUUUUUUUCAAAUUUUGUACAAAAAACUCUUUUUUGCAGAUAUAAAUGGCAGGGAAAAAUCGAGGAGGAUCAGGAGCAUGUUGUAAUUUUGAAAACACAAGAAAGCCGAAUUUCAGAGCUUGAAACGGUAAUUUUUUAAUUUUUGUAGCUAAAAAAUGUGUUUUUGCGGGGAAAUGGGCCGCGAAAAACAAUAAAACGGCCGUUAUUCCAAGAACACUUCGAAAAUCAUAAUAUUUUUUGUUUUGAAAGAGACGCACAGAGCGUGUAAAUGUCUACGAAAAUGGAUUUUUCGCAUAAAUCGCAAUUUUUUCAGCGCGUCAAAAGCCUGCAUCCGGCCGAAACUCCAUGCUUUUUCACUUUGGCAAUCGAUAAAAUCAGCGACGAUUUCGGAAAAUGGCUCAACGAGUCGACAGCGUCUACAGAAUGA